UCUUGUUCUAGUCCUUGUUCAUGCUAGUGCUCGUCUCGGCAAUCCGGCUGCCUAGAAGUUUUUGAAUUAAAUUAUUAGAAUAAUAGCACAAGAUGUCUGCCCCCGACAAAGAUGAGCUAGUGCAAAGGGCGAAACUCGCCGAGCAGGCUGAAAGAUACGAUGAUAUGGCAUCAGCAAUGAAGUCUGUAACUGAGACUGGUGUCGAGCUCAGCAACGAGGAAAGGAACCUUUUAUCAGUUGCAUACAAAAAUGUCGUUGGUGCAAGAAGGUCCUCAUGGAGGGUGAUCUCCUCAAUUGAACAAAAGACUGAAGGUUCUGAACGUAAACAACAAAUGGCCAAAGAAUACCGGGAAAAAGUUGAAAAGGAACUGAGGGAGAUCUGCGAUGAUGUUCUUGGUCUUCUGGACAAAUACUUGAUUCCCAAAGCAAGUAAUGCAGAAUCAAAAGUAUUCUACCUUAAAAUGAAGGGUGACUACUACAGGUAUCUCGCGGAAGUUGCCACGGGAGACACAAGAAAUACCGUUGUCGACUACUCACAGAAAGCAUACCAGGAUGCUUUUGAAAUUUCAAAGGCCAAAAUGACACCUACACAUCCCAUCAGAUUGGGUCUGGCACUCAAUUUCUCAGUUUUCUAUUAUGAGAUUUUAAAUUCGCCCGACAAAGCUUGUCAGUUAGCGAAACAGGCCUUCGAUGAUGCAAUAGCAGAAUUGGACACAUUGAACGAAGAUUCAUAUAAGGAUAGUACACUCAUCAUGCAGCUCCUCAGGGAUAACCUCACACUUUGGACAAGUGACACACAGGGUGAGGCAGAUGAGCAGCAAGAAGCUGGUGAUAAUUGAAGUGUGCGUCCGUUUUUAAAAUUAUUCGUUAAUAAUGAAAUUUCAUGUAAGUUAACGUUCUUGUGGAACUUGGUUGUGAAGUUUCAUUGACAGUUUAAGUUUCAGAAGAAACUUUUGAUAUUUAAUAAUGUUUUUAGGAGAUAUGUAAAAUCGUUAAAUAAUUUCAUGUCACACAACCAGCUAAUUUCCGCAACAAAUUACUUAUUAAGCCAUAUAUUUUUUUUAUUCAGCUGGAGUAUGUGUGAUUAAAUGUCAAUUCUUUUCAACUGUUUGUAUUAUAUUUUAUGAGGUUUUUUAUUUUAUAUAAAUACAACAUAUUGUCUAUCUCCUUCCUAAAAAUCGAGAAGAUUUAUUUGAAAUUUCAGGCACUUUUUUAAGUUCUAACUUGUUAACUAUUAAAAUUAUUAUUUAAUAACAUUGUUUUAGUUUGUAUUAUUUCUUUUUUAUAUUUGUCCAGUUGUUCAGUCUCCAAAAUCAUACCUGUACCCCUUUUUACAUUAAAAGACGCCUAUACCUUACCUACCUAAAACAAACCUUUAGUCCACUAAAUUAUUUUGCACUCCGCUGCAUGCCCCUUGCAGGGCUGAAGUCGGCCUUUACCCCCCUUAUUUACCGUCAACACUCACUUUGGAUGUGCUAUAUAUAAAUGUAUGAAUAUGUAUUCAAAUAAACUGCUAUCAAGCUCUAUUUGUUUUCUGUUGUAUCUGUCAAUAUAUUUGUCAGAUAUCAAUAAAUUUUUCAAAAUC